AUGUUUGAGAGGCUAGUGAGUGAUGCAGAGACUCCAUUGUACGAAGGAUGUACUAAAUUUACUAGAUUAUCUACGGUCUUAAAAUUGUAUAACUUAAAAGCACGCCAUGGAUGGUCUGAUAAGAGUUUUACAGACUUGUUGACUCUGUUAAGUGAGAUUUUGCCUAAGAAUAAUGUGCUCCCUAGUCGAACCUAUGAGGCUAAGCGAUUGUUAUGUUCUAUUGGCAUGAGUUAUGAGAAGAUACAUGCUUGUCCAAAUGAUUUCAUUUUAUUUCGCAAUGAAUAUGCAUCAUUAAAUAUGUGUCCUAAAUGUAGUGCCCCGCGAUAUAAGAAAGAAACAGCUCCAUCCAAAAUGCUAUGGUAUUUUCCGAUAAUACCAAGAUUUAGGCGCAUGUAUCGUAAUGCGGAAGAUGCAAAGAACUUAACAUGGCACGCAAAUGAAAGGGUUGUAGAUGGAAUGCUCCGACAUCCUGCAGAUUCUCCUCAAUGGGUAAAAAUUGAUCAUGAUUACCCAAGUUUUGGGCAGGAAGAAAGAAACCUACGUCUCGCAUUGUCUACUCACGGAAUAAACCCUCAUGGUAUUCAGAGUAGUAAACUUACUACUUGGCAAGUGAUUUUGUUAAUCUAUAACCUACCUCCAUGGCUAUGCAUGAAGCGCAAGUACACGAUGUUGACUAUGUUAAUUUCUGGGCCCAAGCAACCAGGAAAUGAUAUAGACAUAUACUUGGCUCCAUUAAUUGAAGAUUUGAAGCAUUUGUGGGAGACAGGUGUAGAGGUGUAUGAUGAGUAUAAAAAGGAAUCCUUCAAAUUGAGGGCUAUGUUAUUUGGAACAAUCAAUGAUUUUCCUGCAUAUGGGAAUCUAUCAGGCUAUAGUGUCAAAGGACAACUUGCAUGCCCCGUAUGUGAAGAUAAUACACAUUCAAUACGGUUGGAUCAUUGUAUGAAAAAUGUAUUUCUUGGACACCGUAGAUUCUUAAAUACCAAUCAUCAUUUUCGAAAAUGGAGAAAAGAAUUUAAUGGUGAAUCAGAAGAAGAAAGAGCUCCUUUACCUUUGACGGGCGACCAAUUAUACCAAAAGGUAAAGCUUUUAAGCACUAAUUUUGGAAAGCCUUUUUCAAGUGAACUUGUCACGGGAGGAUGGAAAAAAAGAAAGUCUAAGGAUGGCCUGAAGGCAAGGUUAGACCUGCAAAGUAUGGAAUUAAGAAAUGAAUUGAAGCCGGUUAAGAGGGAGGGUAAGCGUACAUUCCUACCUCCUGCAGCUCAUACUUUGUCAAGAAAAGAGAAAAAGAUCUUGUGUAAGGUUCUUCACGAAGUUAAAGUUCCAGAGGGCUACUCAUCAAACAUUAAGAGUUUGGUAUCUAUGAAAGAUCUAAAAUUGAAGGGUUUGAAGUCUCAUGAUUGCCAUGUUUUAAUGGAGAGCUUUCUUCCAGUAGCUAUACGUUCCAUUUUACCUGAAAAUGUGAGAUGGACCAUAACUAAACUUUGUUUUUUCUUCAAGGCUAUUUGUAGCAAAGUUAUUGACCCUGAGAAGUUGCCGAUAUUACAAAAGGAAAUUGUUGUCACAUUAUGUGAACUUGAGAUGUAUUUUCCACCCUCAUUUUUUGACAUAAUGGUUCAUCUAACCGUUCAUCUUAUCAUGGAAACACAAUAUUGUGGACCAUCUUAUAUGAGAUGGAUGUAUCCGAUUGAGCGUUACAUGAAGAUAAUAAAAGGGUAUGUGAAGAAUUGA